UAGUUUCUCUGGCAACAUUGGAUCAGCUGAGCGAGUGUUGUAUGUAGCUGCCCGCUUCGGGUUUUGUUGGUCCACUUUUCGGAAAUUUGGUGGAGAAAUUCAGGUCAUUUUUUGCUAUCAACGUAUAUGUUGAGAGCUGACCUUCUUCGUUAAAAAUGGGCGACGAUCCUCCAUUUCUCUCUGUUGGGACAGAAGUGAGUGCCAAGUACAAAGGCGCUUUCUGCGAAGCCAAAGUUCGGAAAGUGGUCAAGAGUAUCAAGUGCAAAGUCAUGUUCAAAUUGGGCCUCGGCAGCGCUGUGGUUUCUGAUGAUCAAAUCAAGGGACUAUUGAGGGUUGGUGCACAAGUGGAAGCCAAGCAUCCUGAAAAAGCCCAAUUCGUUGAAGCUGUAAUCAACAAAAUUCAAGAUUGCAGUCAAUAUACAGUUGUAUUUGAUGAUGGAGACAUUACUACCUUGAGACGGACUUCUUUAUGUCUAAAAAGUGGUAGACAUUUUGCAGAGGGUGAAACUCUUGAUCAACUGCCAUUAACACAUCCAGAACACUUUGGCACACCUGUGCUUGGUGGUAGACGAGGCGGAAGAAGAAGGGAUGAAAGUAGUGAUGAAGAUGGUGAUGAAGAUUCUGAAUUGGGUCGCCCAGAAAAAAGUGCGACAAGAAAGCCUGAAGAUCGUGAACCUAAUAUCGGGAAAAUUGUGUGCGUUGAAGUUAGUGACAAAAAGAAAGGCAAAGAGACCUGGUUUCCCGGUCUUAUUGUAGCGCCUACUGCCCAAGAUGCUGUAUCCAUUCAUGUCAAGGACGAGUAUCUUGUUCGCUCUUUCAAAGACGCCAGAUAUUACACCGUGCCAAAGAAAGAAGCCAUGGAGUUCACUCGUGAAAUAGCUUUGAAAACAGAGCAUAACGCUCUGAAAACAGCUAUUGAGAAAGCCAUGCAGUAUUUGGACAAAAAUGAAUUGCCUGCGCACUGGGAUCGUGAAGUGCUUUUCGGAUUAGAUGAUGCUGGCAGCAUCAAUGAAAGUAAAGGCUCAGACGCAGACAGCUCUGACGAAGAGACCCGUGAAGAGAAAGACCACUUUGUGGCACAGCUUUAUAAAUUCAUGGACGACAACGGAACACCGAUCAACAAAGGGCCAACAAUUAAUAGUCGCGAUCUGGAUCUAUACCGAUUGUUCAAGAUCGUUAACAAGAUGGGCGGCUUUAAUCGCGUUACUAAUCAGAAUGGCUGGAAAGUAGUUACAAAGAAGCUAAUUUUGAACUCAGCCUCAAACUCUUCAACCCAUGUUAAGCAAGCUUACAAAAAGUAUUUGUACGGGUUCGAAGAUUUCUACCGUAAACUUGGCUGCACAAUGAAUAGUCCCCGUGGAGCUAAAUCACGAGCACGACCGGGGCGCAGCUUGAUCCGCGAUAGAGACCGUGGCACUUCUGGGUCAUCCACUCCUAAAGGAGAUUUAGAAGAAGAAGAAAAGAUAAAAGUAGAAGAAGAGAUACCUGUGUCGCCAUCCACCCAAGAAUUAGUGCCAAUGAUAGAAACUGCUGUUGUAGUAGACGAGGAAAGUAUUUCUGUCACCGUUGAAGAAGAGGAAAUCGAUGAGUCUUCGUCUGUAUCUCAGCCUCCUCCUCGAAAGCAAAGAGAACGCUCUUUGCCUCUUCGUUUACAGGAUACAAUCACAACGAAACUUGUGGUAGUGAAAAAAGAAGAAGAAAGUGGUGGCGAUGAAGCGAUUGAACAGGAAGUCGAAAGUAACAGCAGCCAUUCGGUUCGGAGCCAACGGGGCACCCGGAGUCGCAUUCCACGGGAAAAAUCAGAUGAAACUGAACAGCCGGAAGCUAAUCGCUCGGCACGUAAACGCGGGAAAAGUCGAAUGGAGGAAAAAACAACUGAAGAAGAUGAUAAGACGAUUCGUGUUAAGGUGAAAGAAGAAAACGCGAAUGGCAAAGAAGAUUCCGAAAAGAAGCCUAAAGAAAACGUCGAGAAGAAGAAUAAAACGCCUGGUAGGGAACCCAAAAACCGUGGGCGUAAAAGUGAAGAUGCCGGAAAAGUAGAAGAACCAAAGAUGGCCGAAGAAGAGCAUAUUACGGUAGAUCAAGAAGAACCAACACCGAAACGAAGGGGCCGUAAACCUAGAGCUUUGGGUGACUCUGAGGAGGACGAAGGAGGGCGGCUUCCGGCUAAUGUUGAUGUCCAGAUUGGCGAUAAACUCAAGGUCUACUACGGUGACAAACCAAUACAAGACUCCAAAGUUACAUAUGAAGCCAAGGUCUGUGAAAUACGCUGUGAGGGUUCGAGCAAACUAUAUUUGGUUCAUUAUACGGGUUGGAAUACGCGAUACGAUGAAUGGAUUAAGCGAGCUCGCAUUGCCGAAAAUCUAACUUGGACGCCUAAUCGCAAACGAAGCAAAUCUGUGCAUGGCCAAGGUACUAUACGCACCAGUACCUCAGCUCCUAGUGGAAAAACCGUUCCUGCCAAACGAGGUAGAACGCGUGGACAAGAUUCGUCAAGAUCAGCAACACCAUCAUCAGUGACGUCUACUUCGUCGACUGGGCAAAGAAAUGCUAACCUUGCGUCUGGUGAAGAUUCAGGCAGCAAAAUCCCUCCUACCAAAAAUAGUCGCCGUCGUUCUCGACGUAUUUCAGAAAUAUCUGGUAUGUCAGCCGAAAGUAUGAAUUCGUCGGAUGACGAGGAGGAAGAGGGUACAGUUCGCGUUCGAAAGAAGCCUACCAAAAAAGUUGCUUCAGCGAGUGUCGAAAGCGAAGAAUCGGAGCCAGUCGAUGUAGAGGAAUCAGAUCGUACUCCACGGAGGAGACAUCAGCGACGCAGGAUCUCAGAAACUGAACAAAUGCCGUCAGAGAACAAAGUACAAGAUCCUCCUGUUGUCGAUGUUUCAGCCAGCAUUACGACGCUAACGCCUGUUCGAAGAGGCCGACGUCGGGCUGUAACGGCACCCGAAUCUGCUGUGAUCGAUCCUGUGCCCAUUAAAGAAGAACAAGUUGAAGCAGAGAAAACCUCAGAACCUGCUGCCGAUCUCAUUUCCGUGUCCGAGGAAGAACCUAAAGGAAAAGACUUUGAUCUGAAAAAAAUUCGUUCGGAGCUCAAAAUGCCUGUUGAUAUUGCUGCUACAACAAUUGCUCUUAAAGUUUCGUCACCUGUACCACCAAGUCUGCCACCGCCUCCCAUCCCGAUAGCCGUCUCACCUGUUUCCACUACGUCCACAGUUGUCUCUCCCGUGCAACAACAACAGCAUGCCGUCGAAUCCCUAGCCUCGGCAACUGGCAGGGGAGACGAUGAUAUUUAUGAAUUCCGCGAACCGGAGCCGUUCGAAUUUGAGGUCCGAGCUCGCCGUGAAUCCCCCUUUAAUGAAGAUAGAGUUCACCAUCGUUUUAAUCAGCGGAAAUCUACGAAAGAGGAGGAGGAAGAUCCCAGUCCAAAGAAAACUAAUGCUGCACCGGUGCGGUCAGGUUCAGCCGAAAGAAGCAAAUCUGUUAUUACCUCACCGCCUCGUGGUGGUCGUUCUUGUUCGACGGCCAUCACAGUGCUAGUUGUGCCACCAGAGGAGACGGAACCGACGCAAGAAACUCCAACGACCUCUUGUCCAUCACCCGUAGCUACUCAGCCAAGCGAUGAUGUCAUUUCCAUAGCGCCUGUUUCAAAUGCUCAGUCACCGCCACCGCAGCCGCCUCUGCCAACGCUGCCGAUUGGGCCUACAAGUCCUAAAGCAGAGGAUCCACCUGCUGAAGAAGAAAAAUUAGCGGAGGAGCAACCUCAGGCCUCUACUGUGAGUUGUUUAGAUUUGGCGCCACCAGUUGCAUCGCCAAGUCCCAUACUGCCUAUGCCACCAAUACCUGCCGUUGCAGCUCGCCCAGUUGUGGCUACCUCCAGUACACCCGUAGUUUUUGCCCAUAAAUCUACGUCUCUGGAGGUAAAAUUGAGAAAGGCCGCAGAAGAACAUGAGGACGACAACGGGGAUGCAGAUGAAGAAGAGGACGGAGUUGAAGAAGAUUCCUCAGCGAACGACACCAAGAACAAUAGGCUUCCAUCAAAAAGAGAGCGAAGAAAAGCUGGUGCCAGAAAAGCCAUCAGCCGAGAAUUUAUAGAGUCGGAUGAAGAUUCACCUGAAGAUCCCGGAAUCGCAAGUGAAACUAUGCCCAAUAAAGUUGUUGAUGAUGAAAAGGCUUCAAGUGAUUCUACCCCUUCGGAAAUCGCCGAAGACGAUGAACUAGCGGAUAAGGACAACGAGCCAGACUGCCUACUUGCAGUAAGGAAAUCUAGCCCAAAUUGCUCUAGUCUGUCAAAAUUGAAAACAGACGAAGAUUUAGACGAAAAUUCUCUGCUAUGCGAAGAAACGAUUCCAGGUAGCCCAGUGACACAUUCUACAGCUCCUUCCUCAGAUCUUCCAGACAUUUCUCUUCCAAUCCCUUCGACGUCCCGCUCAACUGAAAUGCCAUUCGCUAGUGCACCUUCGGCACCUAAUAUGCCCCGAACUCGAGGUUUAUCAGGUGGGAACAAUUCAGCACCACGUGCCAAUCGUAAGCGAGGUCUACGUCAAGCAUUAGCUAUGCAGCGACCUGGAUGUGUACGCCCAGUUGGAGGACCUUCUCUAGUAUUAGAGAACACGCCCCCUACAACGCCAGAUGGAAGUAUUUCUUCGUCAUCUAGCUCACCCCAAGGGGAUCAUGGCGGCAUGUCGCCAGAUCACGAUAGUAGUGUGAAGUCUGACCGUGAAUUCUCAGAAAACGACAAUGCAGCUCCGAAUCCUCAGGUUUUGCAAAACACAGUCGAAAUCCCUGUGGCUCGUAACGUCGGGCCAAGAGCCAGCGCAACAGCUCAACCCGUGCCAACCCCAGUUCUGAAACGACGAGAGGAUGAAGGCCCUCGUCAAAUGCAACAACACCCAGAGGAAGAAUCACCGGUUAAACGACGUCGACGAGGGGUCGUUAUGUCUGCGUGUGAUCCAAAUUCAGCGCGCAGGGGCCGAGGUCACGGUCGAAGCCCUAGAAGAACUGGUUCUGACAGCGAGGACACUACCACGGACUAUGUGAAUUCCUCCAGUAUAGUGUCAGGCUGUAUCAACUUAACAAACUAUCAGCCUCGUUCUACAAGAUACAAUUUCUGCACAGAUCUCGACCCAGAAUUGGACGCAUCACAGCGCAUCGCUUCAUUGCAAGAUAAACUCCGGGAAUUGAGACAAACCUACAGUGCAUUGAAAGCGAGGGUAAUGCUUAUUGACCGACGGAGAAAGAAGCUUAAGCGCAAAGAAAAGGAAGCUACGUCUUGA